AUGGCCACGUUGGAGAGAAAACAGAUGGUUUUGACAACGUACAUGGCGGUUUUGGCUAUGGAAAACGGAAUGAAGGUGGCAACCGCAUCCUUGAGUUUGCUGAAAGUCACGGGUCAAUCUGUCAAUGCAUUAGUUGAAAAUAAUGAAAUUUCCAAAAUCAAUCCUAACCAGACGACAUUUUCCCCGAGAUCGGGGGUUGCCAUUUGUCUACCUAUGAUGAAACCGAAAUACCCCUCGAUGCCAUUCUGCCGGAUACUGAGGGCCAUUGUCACUUCUGUCAUCAUAAGUAAUUUAUUUGGCUAA